AUGGCGGCUCCCUCCCAGUUUGCCAGUCGCUACAAGAAGGAUUUGAGCACGGAGGCCCUGAGAGCCAAAGUUGCCCGCAGGAGAUCGACCCUUCAGAAGGAGAACAGGCACAAGCUGUUCGAGAAGGGCCGGCAGCUCGGCCUGGCAGACCUCAGCCUUCAGCUCUCCAAAGACAAGGGGAUUUCUGAACUCAAGGAAACGAGGGAAACGUGCUCCCAAGAGAGCAGCAGCGUAAAGCAAAAACCAGCUGCAAGCGCGGCCGCCAGGAGGAUGAACGAGCGCAGGGAGAUGCUCCAGCGCUACAAGGAGCAGAAGGAGCUUCGGAAACUGGUGGAGCAGAGGGAGAAAGCCAAGAAGGGAGUGUUCAAAGUGGGGCUGUACAGACCAGCAGCGCCCGGAUUCCUCGCCCUGGCACCCGAGGAUCCAGCAAAGCCCAAAGAGAAGGCAGCUCCUGCUUACUCUGGAAGGAUCACUCGAUCAAAGGCCAAGAUCCAAGAAGGAAAAUCCCUGAUACCAUCUCUGAUACCAACAGCACCUAAGUCCUCUACGGUGAGUGCCCAUGGGCAGAGCCUGCGCCCUGCCCAAGCAGGACGUAAACAGAUGGGCACAGCCAGAGGGGCUGAGAAAGAGAAAGUGUUGCAGACUGCAGCCCAGCCAGCCUCGAAUGUGAGGGUCACCAGAGCAGCUGCCUCUGCAGCCAGGCAGGUGCUGAAGCCAACAGCUCCUGCUGCUACUGCAGGUAACCAGCCCCAGAGAAAGACAACAAAUGUAGGGAAGCAGAAGCAAGCUGUCAGACCUGAUACCACCAAGAUAAUUCCUUCUAAACACGAAGUGGAGAAAAACGCUCAGGUGGACCCGGGGGUGAAAGGUCCCGCAGCUGAUUCCAAACAUUCAGCACCAGUAGAACUGGAGCAGGAGCAAACCUCGGUGGAAAACAACAAUUCUGCUCCAGGGAGACCCAAAACGUGCUCUUUUGCACCUGGGAACUUCGUGUUUCAACCACCGAGCGAAUUAGCGAACUACAAAGUUAAACCCAUGACUCCUUCAAGUGCAAAGGCUUUUUUGACAACCCCUGCUGUCUGGAAUUUCUCAAAAUCUCCAGUCAAAACAAAUGAAAAAUCCAGCGAAACUAAAGCGCAAAAGUCCAAUUUAAGAGGUCGAAUUCUGCCUUCUGUUAAAGGCAUUCGAGAACAGCAAAUGACCACAGGUGUGAAAGGAGAAGAAGCGGGUGAAUCGGAUGAGAAAACUUCCACUCAGAGGUCAAAUGAAACAACUCCUGUCCCAACAGCACUUGAAGGGAAGUCAGGUGAUAGAGGAGAGCAAGAGCAUGAUGUGCCCUAUUUCAGAAACAUUCUCCAGACUGAGACGGAGAGGCUGCUGUCUCAGUGCCUGCAGUGGGAUGGAAACCUGGAGCUGGACAUUCCAGAGGAUGCUAAAGACCUGAUUCACACCACAAUUGGUCAGACAAGACUGCUCAUGGAAGAGAGGUUCAAACAGUUUGAAAGGCUGGUUGAUAACUGUGAAUUUAAACAAGGUGAAAAAGAAACAAGGUGUACAGACCUGGAUGGAUUUUGGGACAUGAUUAAUUUUCAGAUUGAAGACGUGAAUAAGAAAUUUGAUAACCUGAAGAAGCUUCAAGACAAUGAGUGGCAGCCACUUGAUGUCCCAAGCCAAGCAGUUGUCAAGAAAAAGGCUGUUCCAGGGGGAGUGCCUAAGGCAAAGCUGGAAGCAGCUGCGAGAGCGGCCGCCCGGAGCCGCCUGGCCUCUGUCAAGGCAGCCAUGAGGGAGAAGAUGAAGUGUGAGGGAGCUGCUGACGGCGCAGGUCAGCAGGCGCUGCCACAAACAGAGAAAGUGGUUUUUGAAGCGGGAUUUUUCAGAAUCGAAAGCCCUGUGAAAAACUUUGCAGGCUUGCUUUCAAAGACCCCUCACAGAUCUUCCCAGAGGACUCCUGGAAAACAAACAACUCUGAGAUCAUCCCGUAGAACUUUGCUUCCAAACGCUCCUUCUGCUCUCCCUGACCCCAAGGAUCCACCUGCAAAACAAACACCAUUUGCACAGAAUCUGAAAAUGGACCAGUUUCCCUCUGCAAAAACUCCCCCACUGGAUAAACUCCCCAAUGGUGUUCUUGAACAAAGCAUUUCCAUGGUUGCAGAAGCAGAAAUCUGUCCUGUUGCCAGCAGAGCAGAGGGAAAUGAGGUGCUGGAAAAUUCCAGCGGUGAAUCCAAAGCACUGGGUGGCCUGGAAGAGAUGGAACUCUCUGCUGCAGAGCAAGGACAAGAUGUUGUCAUGUGCAGCCCAGAGAAGGAUCCUGGCACAGAGGCAGACUCUGCUCAGCCUGGAGACCCAAAAAUCCAUCAGACAGAUGUUUCAUGUAGUGAUUUGACCUCCAACGACAGGAAUCCUUUUGAUAUGCCCAUGCUGGAUGCUGAGCUUCCCUUCACUCCAGUCAAGACCAAAGCCCACAAGUUUGCAGCAGCUGAAGCCUUCAGUGACCUCAUCGUGUUUUCUCCUGUUGUCCCCUCUGGGGAUAAAUGAAAAGUGACUUCAGAUGCAAAAUACGUACAUUUUAUAAGGGAGAAACCCCCAGGGGGUACCUGGAACACAGACUGCUACCCUGGAGCUGUGCUGGGAGUGAAGGGGUCAUGGAUACCACCUGUGGUCACGGAUCUGAU